CCCAAAAAAACAGCAAGCAAUGCCGACGUUCACCCGAUGCAAUGCCGACGCCGCCCACUUCUUCUGGAGCAAGUCAUGGCUCUCCCCCAUGCAUGGCUCCUCCGCCAUUAGGAUCAGGCUGUUGCUUACUUGUGGAAUAAUCCUACACCUUUCUUCUUCCUCCAUCUCCGCUGUAACCUAUAAAUUGCCCCAAGACGAAGAGCACAAGUGCACACAGUUUUAAGGAUCGACGAUGCCGGCGCCCCCGCACCUCGUGUUCGUGCCCUUCCUCGCGCGCAGCCACUUCGCUCCGCUGGCGGCCGCCGCGGCGGCCGCUUGCGGCGACGGCACCACCGGCGCCACCAUCCUCACCACGCCGCACUUCGCGGCCCUCGCGCCCGCCUCCGUGCCGGUCCGCGCGGCGCCGUUCAGCUUCCCCGGAGGGCACGAGGACUUCUCCCUGCUCCCGGACGAAGCCUCCGCGCCGGCGUUCUUCUUCGCCGCGGAGGCCGCCCUGGCGCCGGCGCUCGCGGCGGCCGUGCGCGCCCACGCGGGCGCCGUGGCCGUCGUCUCGGACGCCGUGCUCCACUGGGCGCCCCGCGUCGCCCGCGAGUGCGGCGUCCCGCACGUCACGUUCCACACCAUCGGCGCCUUCGCCGCGGCCUCCAUGGUCGCCGUCAACCUCCACCGCCCCGACGUCCUGCAGGACCCCGUCGCUGUCCCCGGCGGCUUCCCGGUCCCCGUGGAGCUCCGCAGGGUCCAUGUCAACGAGGAGGCUCUGGCGCACCUCCCCCUGUUCCGUGCGGCCGAGGCUGGGAGCUGCGCCGUCGCCUUCAACAGCUUCUCGGCGCUCGAGGCUGAUUUUGCUGAGUACUACCGGAACGUGGAUGGCUCUCCCAAGAAGGUGUUCCUCGUCGGCCCCAGGCGGGCUACCCCCAGCACCGCCCGCAGCGACGUCGCCGUCACCGGCGGCGCAGAGCGAGACCCCAUCCUGCAGUGGCUCGACGGCCAGGCAACCGGGUCGGUGGUGUACGCCUGCUUCGGCAGCACGUGCGGUCUGAGCGCGGACCAGCUCAAGGAGCUGGGCGCCGGGCUGCGCGCAUCCUGCACGCCGUUCCUCUGGGUGAUCCCGACGGCAACGGAGGGCACGGAGCAGCACGACGAGCGCGCGUCCGGCCACGGCAUGGUGGUGGCCGGGCGAUGGGCGCCGCAGGCGGAGAUCCUGGCGCACCGCGCGGUGGGCGGCUUCGUGAGCCACUGCGGCUGGAACUCGGUGCUGGACGCGGUGUGCGCCGGCGUACCCCUCGCGACGUGGCCGCUCCGCGCCGAGCAGUUCCUGAACGAGGCGCUCCUGGUGGACGUGCUCCGCGUGGGCGUGCGGGUGCGGGAGGUGGGCGGCAAGGCGGACGUGGAGGCGGUGGUGCCGGCCGACGCGGUGGCCAGCGCGGUGGGGAAGCUGAUGGACGGCGGUGAGGAUGAAGCCGCGGCUAGGAGGGCGAGGGUGAGGGAGCUCGGCGUCGCGGGUCGCGCCGCGGUGGCGGAAGGAGGGUCAUCGCGCAGGGACUGGGCACGGCUUGUAGAUGAGCUCAAGGCGUUGCACGGCCACGGCAACGAUGCACUGAUUGACAAGUGAUGGUCAAAGGCCCGUUCUAUUGAGCCGUCGGUUGUGCAUAAGCUGCGGUGAAAGUGAAAAUAAGCCUUGGAGAAGGACACUAUAGUGAAAAUAAGCCAUCCAGUUCCUUUUAGUUUCUGUCAUUUUAGUUUAUUUUCCUCAUAUGCCCAAUGAAUAGUUUGUAGUACCCUUGGACUAUAAUUUCGUUCUCGUUAAAUGAUAUGGAGUUAUUUUA